GUGUAUUAUUGCAUUGAAAUAUUACAUACAAAAAUGAAUUAUUAGCAUCAAUUGUAUUAACAUUUUCAAUGUUUAAUUCUUUAAUAAUGCACACACUAAUCAAUUAUAAUUGUACAGCACACAAUAAACACAUAUUUAUUAAUAUUAUUUUAAGUGCAAAUCAUAUAUGUUACUUACAGUGGAAGUAAGUUAUAGUAGUUGCCACCACAUACGGCCAUAUUCUGAGAAACAAUUCUAUUCUCUGUAUUUCGUUGUGCAAAUAAAAUAUAAAAAAUGCUCCAGUUACAAGACACAUGAACCAAAAAGUUAUAUCUGAUCAUUUUCCAAUAAACAUUAUGUAAUCAAUGUAAGUAAACCGGUUAGUUGUAUUUGGCAGGAUUAGGGACCCUUAGAGUUGUCAAUAGUAAAAGUGCUCAUUGAGAGAGUGUGAUAUUGUCAUUUCUUUAGUCAGAAUCAACAAUAGAAUUAUCAUGAGAAAGGACACUGGCCUGGGCUCACAGGUUGGAUCUAGGGACACACGCUUUUGAUUCGGGAAGAGGGCGUUUUAAGUGACCACUAAGAGUAUAGGAGAACUGUUUUGGGGCAAAGUGGAAAAAAGUAGACCUGUGGAGAAACCCACCGAUCUAUACUACAUUUGUUACUAUUGAUCAAAUGUCACCUCUUUGAACGCGCGCGCUUGAAAGUUACACUACUUAUCGCGAAUUAUAUACAGUAUAAAAAAAAGAAAAAGAAAAUACACAUGCAUGUAGAGCGUAUUAAGUCAUUUUAUCGGGCCAUGCUGCUUAAGGAAUUUUUUGCAUACAAUUGAAAUAUGUAACUAAAGAAGCAACACUUCUAUACACAUGUAGGCUAUUUUGUUUAGAUUACAAAAAGAUUGGCUAUUAAAAACAAGUUAAUGCUAAGUUUAAAGUAAUACUAUACUGUGAUAUAUAGUCACGAAAUUACAAGACCAAAAGUGUUAACUGAGUAACACAAUGUUAAAGAGAAAAACUUCUAAACAGAUUGCACCAUCUCUCUCUCUCUCUUCACUUAUUGUGUGUAUUUGAGAGAGAGAGGGGGGGAAGAGAGAACGAGCAGGGGGUACAGAAAGACAAAAUUUCAUUUUUUUUUUUUUCAAUAUUUUAAUAUGUCUAACAUUUUGUUUAAAAUCAUGUAUACAGUGAUUUCCGGUCUACUUUCUUUACAAUGUACUUUUAAAUAUGCAACCCUUGUCUUAUCAUAUAUUGCUCCUCGUCUCAAAAUAAACGCAAAGUAAAGCCUCUAUGUACAGCGUGUUUAGGUCUAGCAGAAAUCUCAGUCAGGAAUUAUAUCAAUUUGUCCAGCAAUGCUUAAAAGAGGAAGGUGAUUGCAUUUGCGCUGUCUCGUUUAUGCACAGUUUUUCCUCGCAGUCUGUUGCAAUGUCUUGAUUCAUCCUCGUUCAACAAAUCUCUCAAUAUCUAGCAUGAUGGGACAGACCGUGAGCGUAAAUAUAGGCUGUAUAGUAAAGCGUUACUACGAUAGAAUACAUUUCAUUUAUUGCACUUAAAAAUGCCGACUUGUAACUUUUUUCUUUCUUUUUUUUUUUUAUACAAAUGCUGUGUUCCAUGCAUAAUAUGCAGAGUGUUGCUAACCUGUAAUUUCAAGUCAUAGUUUAAAAAUGUCAGAAAAUCCCAACACUUUCUUAAAAAAUGCAGAUAUAACCCAAUAUUGUCAACGUGCACGCUUAAUUAUCAUAGACUAUUUAAGACUGUAAUGUGCAAUUGUUUUUAUUCUAAUAGUCACUUUAUGAAUGUGCACAGAAGUUACCACAAAACAGCCUUACAAUCUGCAGAUUGAAUAUCUAUCAUCUAUUUAUGAUUUGUUAAUACAUGCGUUGUUCAUGUAUAGCGCGUGCAGUUAAGGUGAUAUCACUACUUUUUGCAUGCACCUUUUUCAACGAGUCUUGUUUACGAUAACGUAGGCAAGUGCAUAUCCAACACAAAAAUAUCUCAAGGCAUUUUUUUUAUAGCUAUAUUUCAAAUGACAAGGCUUCAUUGAGUGCACUGCGUUGUAUUAGGCUAUGCUCAUAAAGCUGCCUUUCUUUCGCUUUUGCUUAUUUUUAAGGAAAUACAAUCUAAACGUUAUAAUUCCUGUUAUAAAAUGAUUUUAUUAAACCAGAGGUACAUCUAAAAGUAUGGAAAACUUGUUGGCUUUUCUAAGUGCCCUAAAUUAUCUCCUGCAACGACGGGUUUUCGAGUCAAAAUAUGUGUCAUUUCAUUUGAUAAAGAUACUCGGUUUGAUAAACACACUUAAACGAGCGUAUUUCUAAACAUAAAACUAGCAACGAGCGAAAACACUGUGCAGCAAGGGGCUGCGCGCGCGCUUCUCCACUAUUAACUUUCAGUGUCUUCCUUCUCAUCAAACUCUUACUUUGUGCUGUGCUUAAUUCCAUAUUUUCAAUUCCCGAUCAGUACUUUUCUCUUUUUCGUUCUCCAUCUAUCUAUCCAUCCAUUCCUCCCUCCCUCCUCUAUCUACCCUCCUCCUUCUCUCUCUCCUCGGCUCUCUGCUGAAUCUUAUUGAUCCAGAAGGUGGCUAAUUAGCCCUUCCCGUCGUGCCUGUGUAAUGAAGCACAUGCGCACUGAAUUAAUCACAGCCAUUUUUUGCAGGAAACUAAUUAGCAGGAAUAAAGAUCCAAAGAGUUUUUUUCUUUUCAAUCAUCAGAUCUCACUUUCGCCCCUUCCUCUCUCCCUCUAACACAAGACUCAUCGCCUGCUUUGCAUCCAAAUUAUUUUUAUAUUGCCUUUACAACUAAUACUCUGUUUUUUUUUUACUCUCCGCAACAACAAUGAUCUUUCUUUUACCAGCAUCCUAAACGCAAACUGACCAAAAGGGACUGCCUUGAUGGGAUCUUUAGCCAAAGCGUCUCAAUACUGGAUUAAAAAGCACGGAUCACAAAGCGGCAGCAAAACAUUGCUUGGAUGCGAUGAACGCCUCAUGUAGGCAUCAGCAUGGAAAGCUGUGAGUCUCCCGUGGUUUCUGGGACAGACGAUGGGCUUGGCUCCUCUGCCACCUCCCAGCAGCAGCUCUAUCCACAGCCCUGGAACGAUCACACUAACGCACAGGUCUCACCCUGUAACCAGCCCUCUUCCUUGGAGCCCUUGUCUCUCUCUGCACCCCACCCAGCUCAUCUCCAGAACCCCAGCACACCCCGCGAAACUGUGAGAGAGCAGCAGCAACAACAAACACGGUCGCAGGCUCCCAGCGAUAGCUCCGCUACCGGACGGCUGCACCCUAAAGCAGAGGGAAUAGAGGAGGAGGAGCAAGAGGGAGUGAGCUGUGGAGAAGAGGACGAAGAUUUGGAAGACUUGGACGAAAUGGAGAUAGACAGCUGUUUCCCAAGUCUGCAGCCCUUCCCUGGUGUUCCCAUGGUGCCAAGUGGAGGGGGCAUGCCCAUGCUCAUGCGGCAACAACCCUCCCAUCGGAGAGGAGUCACAGAGAGUGGGAGUGAAGGAGAGGAAGAGGAGGAAGAAGAGAGUAGUGACGUGGAAAACCUGGCGGGAGAGAUAGUCUACCAGCCUGAUGGCUCUGCCUACAUUGUGGAGAGUCUCAGCCAGCUGAUCCAAAGCGAUGGGAGCAUGGAACCAGGCCUGCUCUCCUCAAACUCUCUCCCCAGUGGGGGAAAGCCAGGGGAGCCUGCAGGGACCUCUUCUUCUGUGUACCCUCAGAUCAUCAACACGUUCCAUAUAGCCUCGUCAUUUGGAAAAUGGUUUGACUCCUCAGACCAAGGUUUUCCCAAUACCUCAACCCUGGCAGGCCUCAGUCCUGUCCUGCACAGUUUCCGCGUCUUUGAUGUGCGGCACAAAAGCAACAAGGAUUACCUGAACAGCGACGGGUCUGCCAAGAAGUCCUGCGUAUCCAAAGAUGUUCCCAACAAUGUGGAUUUCUCUAAAUUUGAUGGCCUGGCCCUGUAUGGCAAAGGCAAGCCUAUCCUCAUGUGUUUCCUCUGCAAGCUGUCCUUCGGCUACGCACGCUCCUUUGUCACUCACGCAGUCCACGAUCAUCGCAUGACCCUGUGUGAGGACGAGCAUAGGCUUUUAGGCCACAAGCAUGCAUCAGCCAUUAUACAGGGCAUUGGCAAGGACAAAGAGCCACUCAUUAGCUUCCUAGAACCAAAAAAUAAGAACUCUCCUCCAACACCCACCCUGGUACCCAUGAACUCAGGCCAGAGCUUUUAUGGCACAUUCAGUGGGGUUCAUUUAGAAGGGGGAGGCAGUAGUGAAGGAGGUGAGAGCCUCCUAAGCAAAGACUCUAAUUCGGGUCUCCAGCAACAAGCCCUCCUCACACUGGGGGGCCUUGGCAGCCCUAAACCACCCUCCCUUACAUCAACCCCAUGCCCAGCCAAAGACUCCAGCACUCUGUCUAAGACGCAGGGUAGGAGAACAGAGGGGUUUGUGGGGAAAGAGGGGACUCAUAGAGGGGAGGAUGGGGAUGCAGGAACCUGUGAAAGUAAGGCUCUCCUUCCUGGUGAGGAUAUGGCCUCAGAGGAAGAGGAGGAGUUUCUUUUAGAAGAAGAGGAUGAAGAGGUAGAGGAUGAAGGCCAUGGGGUGGCCUGUAGUGGAAGUAGCAGCGGUGGCUUAUUUGUGGGGGAACUGGCUGUUUCAAACCAAAGCAUCUCCAAAUCUCCUUUAUUAAUGCCUAGUAACGCUCUCCAGCCUUCUGCUUCUCUCUCUGCAGCCAGCCCCACACUCAGCAGCAAAGCUUCUGCUUCCAUGUCCUCUUCCUCUAUCAGGGGGUCAGAGGAGGGGAUGGCUGCAGAUGGUGGGGGGAGGACUUCAGAACUCCCUCUGAGCUUUAACUGCCAGGGGUUCACAGUCCCCAUGGCAAUGGUGGCAGCCAUCGGCAGAGGGGGUGAAGAGGAUGGGGCUGCCUGCUCCUCUGCGAGCACAUCCUCCCCUCUUGCCUCCAAUGCCGCUGCUGAGGAAAGUGCCAAUCGAGAUAGUGCCACAGCUCCUGAACCAAAUGAAUGCCCAGCAGAGGGAGAUGAGGACAGCACUGCCCUCCUCCACCACCACCACCUUCACCACCAUCACCACCCACACCCUUCACCCAAUGCCCACACGCACCCCCAUCAUGCAGCUGCUUGUGACAUGUCAGGAAUGGGUGACUGCACCCAGAACCAUGGGGCUGGGGGCAAUGGAGGAAGCGGGGUGGAGUGCCCAAAGUGUGAUACUGUCCUAGGCUCUUCACGCUCAUUGGGUGGCCAUAUGACCAUGAUGCACUCACGUAAUUCGUGCAAGACACUGAAGUGUCCUAAGUGUAACUGGCACUACAAAUACCAGCAGACCCUGGAGGCCCAUAUGAAGGAGAAGCACCCUGACUCUGGAGGCUCCUGUAUGUACUGCAGCAGUGGGCAGAGCCAUCCCCGCCUGGCCCGAGGGGAGAGCUACACUUGUGGCUACAAGCCCUUCCGCUGUGAAGUGUGCAACUAUUCCACUACCACCAAAGGAAACCUAAGCAUUCAUAUGCAGUCUGACAAGCAUCUUAACAACAUGCAGACAUUACAGAAUGGAGGAUCUAUUCCAACUGCUGGUGAACAGGUGUUUGGGCAUGCGCCUGGUGGGGUGGUGCCUGUUUCCUCUGCUACCCAGGCCAGCAGCCAUCACCCUAGUCACCACCACCAUCCAACCCAGUCCUCCACCCACAUGGCAGGGCCCUGUGGUGCGCCCUCACCUACCAAGCCAAAAAGUAAACCCACUUGGAGGUGUGAGGUAUGUGACUAUGAGACCAAUGUAGCACGUAACCUGCGCAUUCACAUGACAAGUGAGAAACACAUGCACAACAUGAUGCUGCUACAACAGAACAUGACCCAAAUGCAGCAUGGCCGGCUUGGUUUUGGGGCCAUGCCAUCACCUUCAGAGGCUGAGCUGUACCAGUACUACUUGACCCAGAACAUGAGCCUGCCACCGGGCCCUAAGAUGGAUCCCUCUGGAGCUGAUGCCCAGUUCUUACUUGGAGGUUUUCAUCUGGACCCAAACAUGGCGGCCCUGGCCCCAGCACUAGUUGGUGGGGAUAUGGCCAUGGAUGUACGCCUGGGUGGGGGACAGCUGGUCUCCGAGGAGUUGAUGACCCUGGGUGAGAGCCUAUCCCAGACCAGUGACCCCUCCCUCAAACUCUUCCAGUGCGCUGUGUGCAACCGCUUCACGACUGACAACCUGGACGUGCUGGGCCUGCACAUGAGUGCCGAACGCUCGCUCCCCGAGGACGAGUGGAGGGCAGUGGUGGGCGACUCGCACCAAUGCAAGCUGUGUCACUACACCACGCAGCUCAAGGCCAACUUCCAGCUGCACUGCAAGACCGACAAGCACGUGCAGAAAUACCAGCUGGUGGCGCACAUCAAAGAGGGCGGCAAGGGCAAUGAGUGGCGCCUCAAGUGCGUGGCCAUUGGCAACCCUGUGCACCUCAAAUGUAACGCCUGCGAUUACUACACCAACAGCUUGGAGAAGUUGAGGAUGCACACAGUCAACUCUCGUCAUGAGGCCAGUCUCAAGCUGUACAAGCAUCUACAACAGCACGAGGUUGCGGUGGAAGGUGAGUCUUGCUACUACCACUGUGUCCUGUGUAACUACUCCACCAAGGCCAAGCUCAACCUCAUCCAACACGUCCGUUCCAUGAAGCACCAGCGCAGCGAGAGCCUGCGGAAACUCCAGCGCCUGCAGAAGGGCCUGCCUGAGGAAGAGGAGGAGUUGAGCACCAUCUUCACCAUCCGCAAGUGUCCGUCUGCUGACACGGGAGAGCUGAGUGAGGAUGUGGAGGCUGCCAGUGAGACCACCACAGAUCAGGAGGACCAAACCAAAGACAGAGAGAGUGGGGGGGAGAGGGAGCUCACCAAAGGGACAGGAUCCAACCAGUCGGAGAGGGAUCAGACGGAUUCCCCAGUCCCCUCCAAGCGGCCUUCCUCAAGGUCGGAGACAGCGGAAAGCCCCCUCUCAUCGAAGAGACCCAGGACAGCUGAGAAGAGCAGUGCAGAGCAGAUGUACCAGUGCCCCUACUGCAAAUUCGGCAACACAGAUCUGAACCGUCUCAGAAUGCACGUGAUGACGCAGCACUCAGUGCAGCCCAUGUUCCGCUGCCCGCUGUGCCAGGACAUGCUUAACAACAAGGUCCACCUGCAGUUCCACCUCACCCACCUCCACAGCGUGGCACCAGACUGCGUUGACAAGCUUAUUGCCACUGUGGCAGCAUCGGAAGUACUGCCAGCAAGCAUGUUCAUACCAGUCCCUGGACCAGAGAGAGAUUCUCAAAUCAUGCCUCAGUCCAACUCAAGCUCUGAAGACAUUAAGAAACAAACAGAGGUGCCAGAUGUUGAGCCUGAGAAAGGUGUUUGUCUGGCUACAGAUACAGCUGAAGCUCGCAAGUCUCCUCUUAAGGAGCAACAGCCUGCAAGAGAUGAUUCCACUGGUUUUGUUUGUUGGAAAAAGGGCUGUAACAAAGUCUUUAAAUCCUCCAAUGCCCUUCAGAUGCACUUCAAUGAGGACCACAAUAAAAGGCCCCAACUGCCUGUCUCCGAUCGUCAUGUCUACAAAUAUCGCUGCAACCAGUGUAGUCUGGCAUUCAAGACAAUAGAGAAACUUCAACUGCAUUCCCAAUACCAUGUGAUCAGAGCAGCCACGAUGUGUUGUCUUUGCCAACGCAGCUUUAGGACCUUGCAGGCACUCAAGAAGCAUCUGGAGACUAGUCACCUUGAGUUGAGUGAAGCUGACAUCCAGCAGCUCUAUGGAGGUUUAUUGAUGAAUGGAGAUCUGAUGAUUUUGGGUGACCCCUCACUUGGAGAGGACCAGGGAAGUCUUCUAGAUGAUGACAAGGAGGGUGAGGAAAGUGACGCAGAGGGAAAGCAAAGCCCAACUGGCAGUGACUCUGGAUCUUUGCUAGAGGAUUCUGGAUCUGAACCCAAACGAGCCCUGCCAUUUAGAAAAGGCCCUAACUUUACAAUGGAGAAAUUUCUUGAUCCAUCCCGUCCAUUCAAGUGUACAGUCUGCAAAGAGUCAUUUACACAAAAGAAUAUCCUCCUUGUACACUACAACUCUGUGUCUCACUUGCACAAAGUCAAACGGGCCCUACAAGAAUCCACCACUGGCCAGCAAGAACCAACCAGCAGCCCUGAUAAUAAACCCUUCAAAUGCAGUACUUGCAAUGUAGCAUACAGCCAGAGUUCAACACUGGAGAUCCACAUGCGCUCGGUUCUCCAUCAGACCAAGGCCAGGGCGGCAAAACUUGAAGCAGCUGGUGGCAGUUCGAGCUCUGUUACCAGUAGUGGCCCAAGUGGAAGCACUUCUAAUAGCACUUCAACCCCAAGCCCAAUUCCAGCCACUAACUCCACCACGAGCUCUAGCAACAGCAGCAGCUCACCAGCAGGAGCCCAUACAGCACAGAGCAGCAUGGGAGGUAACCAUCUAAGUCAUUCUCACAAUGUUGACAAUUUGGGCAACUCAGCAUGCCAUUCAUCUCCUUCUGAGAACCAUGAUAUGAAAAAGAAGAAAUUUGCUGAUAUACUUUCCUCAAGGGGCCAUCAGCAGCAACUCCAGCAACAGCAGCAGCAGUUGGCCCAGGCUCAAGCACAGGCCCAAGCUCAGCUCCAACAGGAGUUCCAGCAGGCUGCUCUUCUUCAAUCCCAGCUUUUUAACCCUCUUCUCCAGCACUUCCCGAUGACAACAGAUGCUCUUCUCCCACUUCAGCAGCAACAGUUGCUCUUUCCAUUUUACAUUCCUGGGGCAGAGUUUCAACUAAAUCCAGAAAUGAACCUAAGUAGCUCUUCACUAAACUUGAGUGGAUCUGCUGCUUCACUGUUGGAGGAACAAAAGAACUCUACCCAGCAGGCCCAGCAGAGCUGCUUGCAGCAGCAGCUCAUGCACCAUCACCUUCAGCAACAGCACCAAGCUCAUUCCCACUCCCAGGGUUCAAGCCAAAUGGCUUUACUUCAGCAGAGUGCUCUGUCUCACCCAGUGGACAAAAAGCCAAAGCCAUCUCCCCACAGCGAGAAAGAAAAAGAGCUGCCAAAGGAUAAAGACAUUUCUGAUAAAGCAGAGGAUCAUGCUCUAAAAGACACUGCAGAAAAUUCAAAGUCCAAAGAAAAUAAAAAUGCUCCUCAAACUGUAGUCAAUGUAAACCAUGACUCUGGAUUUCCUCCUCCGAGGAUUGCCUCAGAUGCUCGUGGAAAUGCAACAAAAGCCCUGUUAGAAAAUUUUGGAUUUGAGCUGGUAAUUCAGUACAAUGAGAAUAAGCAAAAAGCACAAAAGAAGCCAACAGGAUCUCUAUCAGGAUCCAGUGGGCCAGCUGGUAUCACCAGAGUGGUUGACCCUAUUGAAGGAUUAGAGAAGCUGGAGUGUGAGUCUUGUGGUAAGCUCUUUUCAAACAUAUUGAUUCUGAAGAGUCACCAGGAACACAUCCACCAGGCUUUCUUCCCAUUCCAAUUCCUAGAGAGAUUUGCCAAAGAGUACAGAGAACAAUAUGACAAGCUGUACCCAUUGAGGCCCCAGACACCUGAAACUGCUGCUCCUCCACCACCCCCUCCACCCCCACCCCCACCUCCACCACCCCAGAGGGUACCAACACCAAAUAUACCUGUUACUACCCCUACCCUCACACCGCCAACUGCUCCAGCCCCACAGCCUCCAGUUCCACUGGCUCAAAUCCCAAUGCCAAUGGAUCUGCAACUAUUCUCUCCACUCAUGAUGCAGCCUAUGUCACUCCAAUCAUUACCUUCUCAGAUUCCUACCCAGCUUCCAGCUGUGGAGCCCAGUCUUGCCACUGAUCUGGCCCAGCUGUACCAACAGCAGCUGACCCCUGCCAUGCUGCAGCAACAGAAUAAGAGGCCCCGCACCCGUAUCACAGAUGACCAGCUUAGGGUGCUUCGCCAAUACUUCGACAUCAACAACUCUCCAAAUGAGGAACAAAUAAAGGAAAUGGCAGAUAAAUCAGGACUGCCUCAGAAAGUCAUCAAACACUGGUUCCGUAACACACUCUUUAAAGAGCGCCAACGCAACAAAGACUCACCUUAUAACUUCAAUAACCCUCCAAUUACCACACUAGAAGUCACAAAAAUUGAUUCAAAGCCACCCUCCCCUGAACCUCAAAAGCAUGAAUCAUAUGGAAAUAAGAGGUCCUCACGGACAAGGUUUACGGACUACCAGCUGAGGGUACUGCAAGACUUCUUUGAUGCCAAUGCUUAUCCUAAAGAUGAUGAAUUUGAACAGCUGUCCAAUCUUCUAAGUCUGCCGACUCGAGUCAUUGUUGUAUGGUUUCAAAAUGCCAGACAAAAAGCCCGUAAAAAUUAUGAGAACCAGGGAGAUGGAGGAAAAGACUGUGACCGACGUGAAUUAUCCAAUGACAGAUACAUUCGCACUACCAACUUAAAUUAUCAGUGCAAGAAGUGCAGCCUGGUUUUCCAGCGCAUAUUUGACCUUAUUAAACACCAGAAGAAGCUCUGUUACAAAGACGAGGAGGAAGAGGGCCAGUAUGACAGCCAAAAUGAGGACUCUGUUGAUCUCUCGCAUGAAUACUACACUCCAACUGGGUCUUCGGGUCAUACCCCAAUGCCCUCAUCUUCAAGCCUCUGCCCUCUUCCUCCCACAUCCUCUGCAUUCUCUCAGUUGACAUCAUCUGAAAAGGAGGAGCCUACUCCUGCUAACACCUCAAACUCCGAUGAGAAAGCAAAACACUCUGCAGAAGCAUCAUUGGGCCAAAGAGAACAGACGUCAUUGAAACAGGAAACCAGUCAUCCAUCUGAGAUGCCACAGCAGAGGCCACAAAGAGAGGAAAAGAGUCAUACAGUCCCAAAGAAUCCUAAGCUCUCUUCACCAUCCCUCUCCCAAGAGCAACAGCAUAGUGGUCCCUCCAUUUCACACACCAGUCAGACCUCCCAGAGUUCCCACAUGGCCCUUAAUGCCCACUUAGCAUCUGCCUCACAGCAGCAGUUGGCCCAACAAAUGAUCCAAUAUCAGUGUGAACAGUGCAAGCUUGCCUUUCCUUCAUUUGAGCACUGGCAGGAACACCAGCAGCUUCAUUUCCUGAGUGUCCAAAACCAGUUUAUCCAUCCUCAGUUCUUGGAUCGCUCAAUGGACAUGUCCUUCAUGUUAUUUGAUCCUAGUAAUCCUCUCUUGGCUAGUCAGCUCCUAGCAGGAGCCAUACCACAAAUGUCCAGCAACUCUGCCACUUCUCCAUCAACGCCUACAUCCACUAUGAACUCCUUAAAAAGGAAGUUGGAGGAGAAAGCAGGGACUAGUCCAGGAGAAAGUGACAGCAUGAACAGUGGAGAGGAGCCACAGCGGGACAAGCGCCUCAGAACCACUAUUACCCCAGAGCAACUAGAGAUUCUAUACCAGAAAUAUUUGCUUGACUCUAAUCCCACUCGUAAAAUGCUUGAUCAUAUUGCCCAUGAGGUGGGGCUUAAAAAACGGGUGGUACAGGUGUGGUUCCAAAACACAAGGGCCAGAGAAAGAAAAGGACAGUUUCGGGCUGUCGGGCCAGCUCAAGCCCACCGUCGUUGCCCAUUCUGUCGAGCCCUAUUCAAGGCUAAAACUGCCCUAGAGGCCCACAUUCGUUCACGGCACUGGCAUGAGGCAAAACGUGCUGGCUACAACAUGGCUCUUUCCAGUAUGUUACCUGAACAUGAGGCCAUGCAGUUUAAGAUGGAACCCCUGGAUAUUUCUAGCUAUGCUCAUCUUGUCCCUUCUAAUAAUGAUGCACAAUGUUCCUCGCUGUCACCUGUGAGCAAAAACAUGGACUUGUCCCCCAGGGCUCUUCUGAGCCCAACGUCUAUCAAGGUCGAGGGAGUGGAGGAGUUUGAAAGCCCGACCAUUUCCUCAGUAAACACAAACUUUGAUCAAAAUAAACUCGAUAAUGACGAUUGUUCCUCGGUGAACACAGCCAUCACUGAUACUACCACAGGUGAUGAGGCAAAUGUUGACAAUGAUAGUGCAGAUGCAAAGCACAGUCAUAACAGUGGAGAUUUCUUGUCUAAAUCUGGGGGCACUGUCCCAUCCAUUGAGAACGAUGAACAGAUGUCUUCAGGACUGGUGAGCCCUGCAACAAGCUACUAUACAAAAGACUUUGAAAAUGAAAAUAUGAUAGAUUACAGUGAAACAUCCAGUCUGGCUGACCCUUGCUCACCAAGUCCAGGGGCCUCUGGGAGUAGAAGCAUUGAUAGUGGAGACAGGCCAGGUCAAAAGCGCUUCCGUACACAGAUGACUAAUCUUCAACUUAAGGUGCUCAAGUCCUGCUUCAAUGAUUAUAGGACUCCAACGAUGCUAGAGUGUGAGGUGCUUGGCAAUGACAUUGGACUUCCAAAGAGAGUUGUUCAGGUCUGGUUCCAGAAUGCUCGCGCUAAGGAAAAGAAGGCUAAGCUCAGCAUGGCUAAGCACUUUGGUAUCAACCAAACAUCUUACGAGGGACCCAAGACAGAGUGCACUUUGUGUGGUGUUAAAUACAGUGCUCGUCUCUCAGUACGGGACCACAUCUUUUCCCAGCAACACAUCUCUAAGGUCAAGGACACCAUUGGAAGCCAGCUUGAUAAAGAGAAAGAGUACUUUGACCCAGCGACGGUUCGUCAGCUGAUGGCUCAGCAGGAGAUGGAUCGCAUCAAGAAAGCUAAUGAGGUCCUGGGACUAGCACAACAACAAGCCAUGCAGCAACAAGGGAUGUUUGACACACCUGCCUUGCAAGCCUUGAACCUUCAGUCGGGUUACCCAAAUCUACAGGGGAUCUCCUCUGUUCUUCUGCCAGGUGUUGGCGGUCCCUCCAUACCAGGCUUUAACUCAUCCAACUCAGCUUUAACCCCUCCAAAACCUCCAAACCUCCUGAACAUGCCUGGUGCCAGUGUACCCUCACCUAGUCUCCCCACAUCUGGAUUACCUAACAAGACCCCUUCCUCCUCUUCCUUGGCCUCACCCAGCCCCGCUCAGGCCAGCACAUCUGUUGCUCACUCCAGCCCUACCCCUGCAUCUACAUCAAACUCUGUGACAACCCAACCAGGACCCCGUCCUGAACCUCCCAAAGAUCGUGAUACUGAGAGGGCCAGGGAAAAAGAGAAACCCAAGGAGAAGGUUGAGAAGCCCCCUACACUAUCCUCCGCUGGCGGCACACCUGCUCCCUCCACUUCUGCUGCCAGUGCCAAGAAAGGAAAAUCAGACACUGCUGUUCCGGCCACCUCAAUGCCGACACCUGGUAUGGAGUACGUGGUCGACACUGCCCAGCUUCAAGCUCUACAGGCGGCGUUAGCCUCAGAUCCAACAGCUUUGCUAACAAGUCAGUUCCUGCCCUACUUUAUGCCUGGCUUCUCUCCAUAUUAUGCCCCUCAGAUACCAGGUGCUCUUCAAGGUGGAUAUCUUCAGCCUAUGUAUGGUAUGGAAAGUCUUUUCCCCUACAACCCUGCUUUAUCACAGGCCCUGAUGGGGUUGUCGCCUGGAUCUUUGCUUCAGCAUUACCAGCAAUAUCAGCAGAGCCUGCAGGAGGCACUUCAGCAACAGCAGAGGCAACUUCACCAGAUUCAGCAGCCCAAAACAAACCAAACUGCUGCCCCCUCUCAAAAUUUUCUGGACCAUAAGGAAUCUGCCAAAGAUCUGGUAAAAACAGAGGAGCAGAAGAGCAAGUCAUCUGUUGAAACCUCUUCCACUCACAACAAUCUAGCCACUGAGCAGCAUGAAGUGGACAGCAAAGGUGCAGGCCCCCUUCUUGACCAAUUUAUCGUCCCCAAAGUUCAGUUCAGGCUGGCGUGCCGCAAGUGUCAAGCUGUCUUCAACAAAGAGGAAGCGGCUAUCAGCCAUCUCAAGUCGAUUUGCUUUUUUGGUCAGUCUGUGGCAAACCUGCAAGAGAUGUUGCUUCGGGUCCCCAACAGUGGGAAAGCAGCAGAGGGCAGCCUCUAUGACUGCCUUGCCUGUGACACCACCCUAGAAGGGGACAAAGCGGUCAGUCAACACCUUGUUUCAGCCUUGCACAAACACAGAAAAAUCAAGAGAUCCAGAAAUGCCAAAGAGCACGCUAUUAGUUUAUUACCUCAUUCUUCAGCCUGCUUCCCCAAUCCUAACACCACAUCUACCUCGCAGUCUGCCGCCCACUCAAACAACACCCCAUCCCCUCUGUCAACAGCAUCAGCAACUACACCGUCUUCAUCUGUGUCUGCAUCUUCAUGCACCAACUCCUCCUUCACGGCCACCCCAAAUAACACAACAGCCACAAGCAAAUCCUGGUCCCAGACCUCUUUCUCUAGAGCUUUAGCUGGGAAGCCUAAUGCCCCCUCUUCUGCAUUGUCUUCUUUUCCUCCAAUUUCCUCUCCUUCAACAGUUACCUCAAGUUCAUUGAGCACCUCAGGGGUCCAGACCUCGAUACCAACAGACGUCUUUACCGAUGAGUCUGACUCUGACAGCAGUCAGAAGUCGGCAGACAGGCUGGGCAGGCCAGCAGAGGAGCCGCAACAGCCCGGCUGUCUCAAAGACAGCAGUAGUUGUAGUAAUCUUGCUAGUGUAGGAUCGGACUCCAUCAGAUUGUAAACGCUUUCAGUGACGAACAAUGUUAAAAAAAGAAAAAAGAAAAAAAAAAAACAGAAGAAGAAAACACAAAAGAAAAAAGAAAAAAGCAGCAAUGUUUAAAAUGUUUAAAAGUAUACAAACCCAUUUCAGAAAAAGAUGUGUAAAGACUAACUGCAAUUCCAAAGCUUGUAACCAAAAAUUUUAUUGUUAGUGGAUUGUUUUCCCAUACCAACAUAAUGGUUUUAGUUUAUUACAACUCUUUUAUAUAUAUAUAUAUAUAUAUAUAUAUAUAUAUAUAUAUAUAUAUAUAUAUAUAUAUAAAGAGAGAAGAUCAUAGCCGUUAACAGUUGAUAGUGGAAUGCUAUAUUGCAGUGGACUGCCUCAAAGUUAUUUGAAUGGCCCCCAACCCUCUUUACAAAAGUCAGCAAACUGUCCCUUGUUUGCAUAAGUAUUUUCGCAUUAUAGCACAGUCACAAAGCCAGUUUGUACUGUAUGGGAGAAUAGUCUUACAGUUUUCUUGCUAUCUAAGCAUUCAAAUACCAAUGGCUUGCUAAAAAAAAGAAAAAUAAUGUAAUGUCUAUUUUAUUCUCAGGUCAACAGCUCACAACCUUUUCUUGUUACAAAAAAGUCAUUAUUUAAUUUUGUUCCAAACAAAUGAUAGACAUUUAUGUUUUUGUGUGACUUUUAAUGGCAGAAAGUAUUCAGAAAUGAUACUAACUCAACUAAAGUCUCUGGGCAUUCAAUCAGUAGCUGAAUUGCUGGUUUUAAACUUUCUUAGUUUUUGUGUUUCCCUUUUCUUUUUUCUUUUUUUUUUUCUUUUUCUAACAGGAGAGUUAACGAUCCCAUUUUACCCAGACACAAAGAGCAU